AUGCAAACAGAUGUGUGUGACCUUCGUGUCAACGCGACCUGGAAGGUUUCUGCUCUGGAGGACUUCCUGCCCUUACAGCUCGAGCACUUACAUAUUGCACAGUUCAAAGUUAGUUGCCAAGGUAACUCCCUUAGUAAUCUGGAGCUCUACACUCAGACUCUAGAGGUCGACACAGAGGCUCAGGAAACAGGCCCCAUGCAGGAAAUUGACAAGUAUGUCAGCAGAGCUUUGCAAGAGAAGAGACUACUGUACUUUGGGAUGGCAAACUUGGACUUUAAAUUCAGUGACCCGGAUCUGUGGACACCCGAGGACAUUGUGCCCGAAUCUCUGCAAGAAACCUGGAGAGCAGAGAAAGAGAAACUUCAUGAGAAACUGAAGCAGGGAGAGAAAGUGGAAGAAGUGGAUGACAGUGGAUUUUAUGCAGGGGGUCCUGUUCCUGUGGUUGGCGUAACAAUCACUAUGGAUGAUCAGGGGCUGAAUGGGACCAACCGUGUGGCUCUGGAUGGAGUUUUAUCCCAAUCUGAAUGUGAUCGUGUGAUGCAGCUUGCUACUGUUGCUGCAUCCAUGGGUGAUGGUUACCGGGGGCGACGCUCUCCUCACACGCAUGAGAAGUUUGAGGGUUUGACUGUCCUCAGAGCACUUAAGUUAGCUCAAGAUGGGCUGGUUAACCAGUCAGAUGCCAGGCUGUUACAUGAGAUCGGGGAGACUGUUAAAGUUCUGAUGGACUCGUACUUCAGAAGUCACUCUGUUCUCUACUUUGCUUACACAUACUUGGUGUGCCGCCCUGCCAUCCCAGGUCAUCAGGAGGGGCGUUCGGAUCUUUCUCACCCAGUUCAUGUGGAUAACUACAUCCUGGAGCCAGAAACCAGGCAGUGCUGGAGAGAAGCACCUGCUUUCACUCAUCGAGAUCUCAGUGCAGUUCUUUACCUGAAUGAUGAUUUUGAAGGAGGUGAUUUCUUUUUCGCUGAUCGAGAUGCCAAACAGCCACUGUAA